GCUCCACUGCUUUACUAUAGCUGUGGCAUUUUAAACUCUGAGCUCAAUGUGGUCACCACACCGGCACGUUUACCUCACCCAAGCCUAUCCGUGCCUACUGCUACCGCUGCUUACGUACGCAAGGAUCAAGGAUACGGCGUAAAGGAGAUAUGGGCCGUUUUACACAUGUGCAGAACAUUUAGUACCCUGGAUUUCAGUGAACUCACGCGCGCUUCGAGCGCACGAGAAGCCGGUACCAUAGACAUCUCUCGGACGCUUGAACGCUGAGAACUAAACAAAAUUCUAAAAGUGAAAAAUCUAUUCGGUAAAGAUGACUACUGACCAGGAUUUACCGUUGGACAGUCAGGCUGUACCGGCAACAUUUGUGUCAAAGGGCAUUGAUAUAACACAGAAGAAAGACCAAGGACUUAUCAAGGUUGUGAAGCGCCAGGGACAGAAUGGCGAGCGGCCUAUGAUCGGAGACAAAGUAACUGUACAUUACACGGGGAAAUUACUCAGCGGGAAAACCUUUGACAGCAGCCGAGAGCGCAAAGAAUCUUUUAGCUUCAAUGUGGGAAAAGGCCAAGUGCUAAAGGCGUGGGACAUCGGAGUGUUGUCUAUGCAGAGAGGAGAGGUGUGCAUGUUAUUGUGUAAGCCUGAAUACGCCUAUGGAUGUGCUGGUAAUCCAGACAAGAUCCCUCCCAACUCCACUGUCAUUUUUGAGAUGGAGCUGCUGAACUUUGAGGGAGAAUUGUUGACAGAUGACGGGGGCAUCAUGAGAAGAAUCAAAGUCAAAGGGGAUGGCUUCUUAAGUCCUAAUGAUGGAGCAACUGUCCAUGUGCACCUGGAGGGGAGAUGCGAUGGUCAGCUGUUUGACUGCAGAGACGUGACCUUCAGUGUAGGGGAGGGAGAAGAUAAAGGCAUCCCUCUGGGCGUGGAUCGAGCCAUGGACAAGAUGCAGAAAUCAGAGCGCUGUGUUCUACACCUACAACCGAAGUAUGGCUUUGGAAGUGAAGGUCAACCAGAGUUUAAAAUUGGACCAGACAAAGAACUUGAAUAUGAUGUUACAUUAAAAGAUUUUCAAAGGGCUAAAGAAUCCUGGGAGAUGGAUUUAAAAGAGAAGUUGGAUCUUGCUCCUGGUGUGAAGCAUAAAGGGAAUCAGUAUUUUAAGGGAGGGCACUACCACCAGGCGGUCGUUCAGUACCAGCGGAUCAUCUCGUGGCUGGAGAUGGAGUGUGGAAGUGGCAUUGAGCAGCACAAAAAGAUUAAAGAGUUUCUGGUGAUGGCGCACCUCAAUUUAGCCAUGUGUUUCCUCAAAGUGAAGGAAUUUUCUCAAGUCAUCGAGAACUGCAAUAAGGUUAUAGAAAUCGAUGAAACUAAUGAGAAGGCAUGGUAUCGGCGAGGAGAGGCCCGACUUCUGCGUAAUGAGUUCAGUUUGGCAAUGGCGGACUUCCAAAGGGUCCUUCAAGUGAGUCCUCAGAACCGAGCGGCGCGGUCCCAAAUCUCCAUCUGUCAGGGCAAGAUCCGAGAGCACGACGAGCAGGACAAGAGGACAUAUGCCAACAUGUUCCAGAAAUUUGCAGAACGGGAUGCCAAGGUUAAUGUCAGGCCGAAAAGGAGGAGGGACGAUGGCCUCAGAAACUGCAUGAACGGUGAAGUUUGUAGCAAACGGCGGCGAUCUCGGAGUGCAUCUCAGGAGUGAACCUCUUAAUGUAAAGUCCGGUGAACUAUAGGGAGUGUGAACUGUCCUCCCUUUUGCUUUCCCAUAUUCCUCAAAGCAAAGACAGAAAGUUAAGCCUCAAUCUGAACUUAUUUCUCUCAUAUCCAGCGGACCACUCUUGCAGGACCUUCCAGAGCAACAAGGAAAGAAGAAUUAACAAGAAACGAUUUGUAUUUUUUCUUAUUUUGUUUUGGAUUAUGCUGUCAUUUGCAGACUCCACUUUUUUUUUCGGGAGCAGCUGCAUGCACCGAUCUUGGUGUUUUCAGAACUCUGACUUGAAUUUGUGUUGUUGUUGAUGUGCAAUAUGAAAAAAAAGGUGUAAUAAGUCACAUCAAAGUUGUCAAAAAUACUGCUAUAAGAAGCAACUUUACAGUAUCCAAAUAUACAGAUCAGAUUUAACUUUAUGACCACUGAUGGUUAAGUGAAUAACACACAUCAAGUAGAUAGAUGAAAUGUACUGGGCAAAACGUCAUCAGUUUGGCAAUCUAGUGAUGAACCAACCUGACAGGCUGCUAUUCAUGGGUUUCACUUUUCCAUUUAUAUGGAUUGCUAAAAUGCUGAUCAUGUUAAUCCUGGUUCUGUUAGAAAUAGGAUGGCAUCAGAAUACACAGUGCAUCAUUGUGCUGCAUAAUUUAAAGGUGCACCCUGUAACAUUUCUGAUUGGGAUCUGCCACUUGAUUGUCUCCAUAAAGAUGUAACUAUACUUUUAAUCUUGUAUAUACUUAAGCUUUUUUUUUUUCUUCAAGAGUGUUUCUAAUGCUUGGAAAUACUUGAAAAACAUUCAUUCUUACUGUGAGGGCUCACCUCUCCACAGAUCUGACCUGUGACUUGACCUGGUGGCCAAAGUCAUAAUGUGGAACAUUCUUGGCUGAUCAAUAACAUCCUCAUGGAAAUAAUUAAAUGGCAGGCCAGAAGGUUACACAGUACACAUUUAAGCUGUUGUCUCUCUGUGUACAUUUCAAUGUCAAACAACAUACUUUAAUAUGAAUAGUAUUCAUGUGAAGAAGGUGCCCAUACAGGAUCAUAUCCUGUCUAAGAAGCAGCACACAUUGCAAAUGUUUAACUACAGGUAUGUAAACAUCUGUUUGUUGUAGAUAUUUCCUUGUUUAUAAAAUUUUAUUUAUUGGCAAUUGGACCAUAGUCAGGCACUAAAUAUGUUUUUAUCCAUCAUAUUUUUUGUGUCUAUUAUACACUUAUCAUUUUGAAUAUGAUACCAGUAGGUUAGUAUUCUGAGAUACCUGCUGUGUAUCUUUGACUGGACUGCCUUUAAAGAUAGGGCAUUCAUAUGACUUAAUUAGCAAAUGGGUGGCAGCUUAAAAGAACAUUAAUUUAAAUGCAAAACUUUGUGACUGCCCAAAGCCUGUAUAAAUAACAUCGGGAAGGGCAUCUGAUGUAAAGCCUUUGCCAAAUCAGUAAAUGAAAAGCAUUUGUUGCGGACAUUAUAUCUAAUUGAAAAGGCAGAAAGACAGUAAUAGCAUUUAACAUUUCUUCAUCAAACCUCAAAUAUUUGGCACUGACCAUUAUGUUCACACUGUCUAAAUACAGUAUGUAAGAUGUAGAUGAUCUUAAGCUUUAAACUCCGUUCUUUCUAGAAACAUUUCACAGCUAAUGCUUUGUUUUACUAUUUUACCUUCAAACCCGAGUAUCACGUGCAUCUACUUUGUAAGGUGUGAAUGUUUUUUGAUGGUUGACAAUGAUGCACUUUGGUGACGGUCAAAUCAACACUGUUUUUGAUUUAUAAAUGUCCAGAUAUGGUCUGGAUUAUUGUAGACUUGAGAUCGGUUCAAAAUGAAACCUCAGCUGUCUUAAAUAUCUUGGGUAAAAUGUAUGUAUGUAUGUAUGAAUGUAUGUAUGUAUGUAUGUAUAUAUGUAUGUAUGUAUGUAUGUAUGUAUGUGUGUUAAUAUAUAUUGUUGUAUGUUAGCAAGGUUUUUUAAAUAGCUUGUGGCUCGAUGUUUUCAAGUAUUUCUGGCUCUCAACAUUCAAUAUUUUGUACAGUGGAAAGAGCAUGAAGUACUUUUUCUAGUUAGUUGCAUUGAAGGACAUACAAGUUAUCUAUUCCCCUUUGACACUGCACUCAUCCAUUUGAAAACAACUUUGUGGGAAUAACAGGAAACAUUUGGACGAAUCACAAUGUUUAAAGCGGUGGAGGCCAAUAUGAGAUUAGAGAGCACUGCAGUGCCCAAAAUGUACCAAAAUGUUUACAACAGUCCUAACUCUCCUUCCUUAAGAGACAAAACAAGAUAACUGUUUCAGACACAUGGCAUGUAUAUUUUCCAACAAAAAAUUAUGUAUGGUACUUUUGUUCAUGUCUUCUUUAUAUAUAUUUUUUAUUUUUUGCACUUUAAAGUAUACAAUAAAUCUGAAAGUUGCAUUUUAAAA